AUGUAUGCACGACUCAUGCACAAGUUGUCCACUGUGAUAUAUUAUCAUGCUGAUCUAAAUAUCGGGGAGAAACCAGCGACAGAGGAACAACUGGAGCAAGCAUGCCAGGAUACGAUCAGAUACAGCGUGAAGACAGGGCAUCCACGGUUUUUCAAUCAGUUGUUUGGUGGACUGGACCAGUAUGCACUAGCUGGCACGUGGAUAACUGAAGCCCUCAACACCAGCCAGUACACGUUUGAGGUUGCACCCGUCUUCACGAUGACUGAGCAUGUGGUCAUCCAGAAGAUGCUGGGUCUCAUUGGCUUCCCAGAGGGAGAUGGAAUCUUCUGUCCCGGCGGUUCUAUAUCCAAUAUGUAUGGCCUGCAUUUGGCUAGAUUCAAGAAGUUUCCCAAUGUGAAAACGAUGGGCAUGCAAGGGUUACCUCAAAUGCUCGUUUAUACCUCUGAUCAGGGCCAUUAUUCGUUAAUGAAGGGUGCCUCUUUGCUAGGACUUGGCACAAAUAACGUCAUCAAAAUGGCAACAGAUGAUGUGGGGAGAAUGCUUCCAGCCGCGCUUGAUCAAGCUAUCACUGAAGCUAAGACCAGGGGAAGCUGUCCGCUCAUGGUGAGCGCUACGUGCGGCACAACGGUUCUAGGUUCCUAUGACAACCUGAUGAGCAUCGCUGACGUGUGUGAAAAACAUCAGGUCUGGAUGCAUGUCGACGGUUGCUGGGGAGGGGCAGCUCUGCUGUCACGCCGUCACAGAGGUUUGCUGGAGGGAAUAGAAAGGGCAGAUUCCGUGGCCUGGAAUCCGCAUAAGAUGUUUGGCGCACCGUUACAGUGUUCAGCAUUGCUGUUGAAAGAAAAAGGGCUUCUGCACCAUUGCAACUGCGCCGGUGCAACGUACCUAUUUCAGCAGGACAAGUUCUAUGAUGUAUCGUACGACACAGGCGACAAGUCGGUGCAAUGUGGCCGGAAGGUGGACGUGUUCAAACUCUGGCUAUACUGGAAGGCGAAGGGCGACCGGGGAGCUGAGCAACUGAUUGACAAUGCGUACUCAAAUGCAGCGUACUUAGCGAGCAGCUAGCGAAUGUCGAGAUGGUUCCGCCUAGU